GGAAGAUGAUGGAGCCCAGUCUGUUGGAAGCCGUUUGGAUGGAGUGGCUUUUUUAUUGAUGAGAAGGAGAGAACGUGUACAGGAGGUUGCUGGAGUGUUUUGUGUAUGUUUGCAGAGGGAUGGGCUUCAAACACCUCCUGUGUUUGCUGCUCUGUGCAGCUGCCCUGACAGUGUCAGGAGUUUUUGGUGAAGAUGAGAGCGACGAGGCAUACAGGUGGAGCAGACAGAGCCUCCCAAUGCUUCUGGACAUGCACACCAAGGUUUUAAGCAAACCCUUGUUCAGAGGGCAGGAGGAAGAUGAGGAGAGAGGAGGGAGUAAGACACUUUGUGGGAUAGAGUGUCAAAGUGGCCUACUUCCUAUAGACCAGGCUGAGCAAGAGAGGAUUCUGGGAUAUGAGACCAUGUAUGAGAAUGGCACACACACACAUACAGAAAUCACUUUGCUUGGUUUCAACAAGACGUCUACAACCAUGACUGCCAAUGCCCCCUCACAUUCUCGCAGGAAACGGCAAAUUUAUGGACCAGACAGCCGCUUUGUGAUCUCUGACUCGCAGUUCAGUACCAACUUCCCCUUCUCUGCUGCAGUCCGCAUCUCCACAGGGUGCUCUGGGGUUCUUGUAUCCCCGAAACAUGUGCUAACAGCAGCUCACUGUAUCCAUGAUGGCAGAGACUACCUGGAGAGUGCCAGAAGGAUCAGAGUAGGAGUGCUGCAAAUCAAGAUCAAAAGAAGAAGACUGGGUAGGAGGAGAGGAUGGCGGAAGAGGCUUGGGAGGAAGGGAGAAGGGGAGGCAGGUGAAGAGCAGAAUAGUAUAGAAGGAGAUGUAAUGAGAGGGGAAAAGAGAGGUAGGAAGCAUAGAGAAAGAAAUGAAGACAAUCAGGUGGCAGCUGAUGAUGGCAAUACAGAUAGAUUAAAAAGAGGAAGAAGGAAGCAAAAAAGGGCUGGUCUCAUCCGCACACGACGCAGUACUGAACCCAAGAAGCAGACUGUCUUUCGUUGGUCACCAGUCAAACAAACGCACAUCCCUCAAGGAUGGAUCCACUCCAUGAACUCCACCAACUCUGUGGCCUCCGACUAUAAUUAUGCUCUUUUGGAGCUGAAACGACCUGUCAAGAAAAAGCACAUGGAGCUCGGAGUGGCGCCUUCUGUGAUCCCCCUGGCCCGGAUCCAUUUUUCAGGCUACGAUGCUGACAAAAGCCUGCUGGACGGGCGUGGAGAUGAGAAGGUGGUCUACCGCUUUUGCUCAGUGGCAAAGGAGUCUGACGAUUUGAUGUACCAGCACUGUGACACACAGCCGGGCGCUACAGGUGCAGGUGUUUACAUUCGACUGAGACAGAAAGCUGAAGACGCAGGCAGGAAAGGAAUGUGGCAGCGGAGGGUGAUUGGGGUGUACUCAGGCCAUCAGUGGGUGGAGGUGGAGGGGGGUGAACAGAGGGACUUUAAUGUUGCUGUGAGGAUCACCCCUCCCAAAUAUGCACAGAUCUGCCACUGGAUUCAUGGUGAUCCCAGGCAUUGUAAAGAGAUUUGAACCAUAGAGCAACAGUCUCUAAGAGACAGUCAGCUGUCUCUUAGGAGGCUCAAAAAAUGUAAACUUCUAAGAAAAUGACUUAAGAAUAAUAAACUUUGACUUAUGAGUCAGAAAAAGCUUGGUACAAAUAGAACCUACACUAGAUGCUUUGUAUAAAAAAGCUGAAAGUAACUUUUAGUAAAGUGUAAUUCACACAGUAAGUGUAGACUGCAGUGACUCCUGAGGACUACAAUUAUAUCUACUCACAUUGCACUUCCUCAAGCACUGAAACAGCCAAUAGCACGCCUCCAAAGGUGACAUGUCAUCAAACAUUUUAAAAGGUCAUCUAAAACGUCUGUAUAUUAUUUCAAUACAUGUUUAACUAACCAAGAAAUAAAUAAUUUCCUUAAUAAGUUUAUUGGCAUGUUCAUAUUCAGGAAAAGUUUCAUGCAUUUCCGCAAAAUGCAAAAAUGUGUUGGUUUUUAAGACCAAAAUUUAACC